AUGGAUAAAACAGUGCUGCAACCAUAUGAGUCUGUAGAAGAGAAUCUUCCACACACGGAAACCGAAAUCGUAGCGUUUGGAGGUGAGGAUGGCCGACUACUUCAUCCCAAGAAACGUGUCGAAGCAUCCCUCGCACAUUCGAGGUCUCAUUCCACGGAAACAACGCUAAUGGAAGCAAAAGACGAUAGAAUUAGGAAUCUGGAUCAAAAGAGCUCAAGUUUU